AUGGCGGCCCUCCCAAGGGGGGCCGACGGGCAGGUGAGCCAGCUGCACGGGUCCGGUGUGGCCGGAGCCCUGCCCGGCCUUGAAAAAGUAAUUCCAGUCGGCCAAGAGGGGGACAAGAAGGCAGCACAGGCCGGACCGGACUGCGGUCCCAGGCUCUCAGCCCCUGCGCACACCCCUGUGCAGUCAGGGAAGACGGUGAGGGGCACGGUGGAUCCACCUGCUGGACCCUGUGCGGGGGGUGGGCCAGAAGCUCCACAAUAUGAAUGCAGGGAAAUCCUCAUCUCUGAUCUGGUGAAGUCAGAGUCGGGUUUACUGGAGAAGGUCGACGAUCGAUCUCCCCUCCAGUUCGACAGGCUUCCCGGUUGGCCGGCACAUCCUGGUGGUUUUUCACCCACAGUGUUUUUUGGCUUCAAUGCUUUCUAUUUAGGAUUUAUGAUAGAUGUCCAACUGCUUGUGCCCUGGCUCCGUAUCUGGGCCCUUUCCACCUUCUACCUCCUUCUUCUAAGAUGCAUCCUGAGCUUACAUCCUAUGGAGGGGCAGAGUCAUAGCUCAGGAAUGCGUCGGGUAGCUUGCUACGGUGGAGCCUCUGGCUGCAGCAACACCCGGGGCCCCACGGGAAGGCCACUACGAGGUGCUUCUGUAGGCCUGCUUGUCAGUCCCUACAAGGCCGCCCAUGCAUAUGUAUUCAUUCUCCAUCCCACGGGUCCAAAGGUCUCAAAGAAAGAGGCUAUUUUCCAUCAAGACUGCAUGAAAAUGGGAGUUCUAUGGAACGAAGGAAGGCGACGAGCCCACCCCCCUCAGAGUCAAACCACCCUGCAGUCCGAGCCACCACUGGCUUUUUGGCCGAUGGUGCCCGGCGGAGACCGAGGGUGGGGCUCGCGUGGAGGCCGGCCAAAGAAAAGAGUCCCGGCGAGGGCGUGUGCGCGCGGCUCUGCUCCAGCUGUAAAAACGGCGUCCCGUGAGCCGCAAACCGAGCGGGACUCCAGUCCGCCCGCUGGAAACCCGAGCCUCUCCUCCGGUCAUGGAUACUUUUGGUGUGAACCAGGCCAGGCACAGCAGAACCGACUCCGGCUGGAUGGUAAAGCCACGCUCGUUGUUAAUGUGUGUGUGAAUGUGGGUGUGAAUGUGUUCAUCAGAUCGGAACACAAUGAGCAGCCCGGGUGCUCGGACACACCCCUCGGAUUUAUGGUGCCAGAUGGACCUCCAAACGGCCGGACAGCCGCGGUGAUUGGUUCUGAGUCUCUGGCAUAUGAGCUGUGGGGGGGCUGGAGCAGAUGCCGUCCUGAUCUCGGCGUUGAUGAACCGGCCCCCCGCCCCCUCUUCUCCCUCGCCGCUCUCCUCCACACCACCGCCGUCAUGAACCACACCCCCAGCCCCCACCUCUCGGAAGGCGGCAAGUCCGGCGGCGGGCUGAUGUGCAGCCUGGGCCUGGGGUCCGACCGGGGGGUCCGCUCGCCGGACAGCCUCGCCCACACCCCGAGCCCCACCGGCGAAACGCCCAGCUCCAGCCCCCCGCUGCUGCUCUCGCCCGGGCUGGGGGGCCUGGGGGGGCUGGGGCUGGGCUCGCUGGGGGCCAUGGGCGAGGGAGCCGGGGCGGACUGGGAGAGCCGCGAGGAGCUGAGGCUCCGGGAGCUGGAGGAGGCCCGGGCCCGCGCCGCCCAGAUGGAGAAGACCAUGAGGCAGCGGCUGGACACCCUGACCAAGGAGCUGAGCGGCGUGCGGCGGGAGCGGCAGGAGCUGGGCGCCGAGAACGAGCUGCUGCGGCAGGAGACCCUGCGUCUGCGGGGGGACCACCCGGCCCAGCCCCCCGCCGCCACCUCCACUCCCUCGCCCUCGACCUCCCCGGCGCACGCCGCCUGCUCCUCCUCUUCCUCCUCCGUUUCCCCCCCUUCCCCGGCCCCCUCCUUCUCCUCCCCGAAGCUCCACGCCGAUGGCAAGCCCGACGGGGUCAGGGAGGGACCGCCGGGAUCUCCGGAACCCGAACCCGUCCGGGACGUGGACAGAAAAAAGAUGAGCCAGAAGAAGGAUCGGGAGCUGUUGGAGUCGGUCCUGGCCGACGCAGACGGCUCAGAGACCUGGGAGAAUCGGGCCGCCAACCCGGCCGGUUCGCGCUCAUCCUCCGGCCUGAGCCGGCAGGAGCGCAGCCGCCAGCUGUGGGAGGACAUGAGCAUGGUGGAGGAGGACUCCAGCAAGCUGAACGCCCUGCAGCUCCGCAUCGACGAGUCCCAGAAAGUCCUGCUGAAAGAGAGAGAAGACAAACUUGCUCUCAGUAAGAGUAUUGAGAGACUUGAGGCCGAGCUCAGUCAAUGGAAGCUUAAAUACGAAGAACUCAGCAAGAGCAAACAGGAGGCCCUCAAACAGCUGAACCUGUUGAAGGAAAUGCAUCAGGACGAACUCGGCCGCAUAUCCGAGGAUUUGGAGGAUGAACUGGGGGCUCGCACCAGUAUGGACAAGAAACUAGCCGAGCUCCGAGCCGAGAUGGAGAGGCUUCAGGUGGAGAACGCUGCAGAGUGGGGGCGCAGAGAGCGCCUGGAGACAGAUAAGCUGGCCCUGGAGAGGGACAAUAAGAAGCUGAAGGCUCAGGUUGAAGACCUGGAGGAGCAGCUGGCAAAGAAACGCCGGCAGGCUGCCUCUGCACUAGACACGGACCUCAAGGCCAUCCAGAGCGAGCUGUUUGAGAGAAACAAGGAGCUUGGCGACCUCCGCCACGUCCACGCUAAGCUGAAGAAACAAUUCCAGGAGAGGACUGCAGAGCUUGCCCACGCUAACCGGAGGGUGGAGAGCCAUGAUGCCGAGGUCAAAAAGCUGAGGCUGAGAGUGGAGGAACUAAAGAAAGACCUAGGGCUGGCUGAGGAUGAGCUGGACGACUCUCACAACCAGACGAGGAAGCUGCAGAGGUCCCUGGACGAACAGGUGGAGCAGACGGAGAAUCUUCAAGUACAGCUGGAGCAUUUACAGUCCAGACUGAGACGGCAGCAGCAGAACCCCGGUUUAUUCGCCAAGAUGCGAUCGGCCCGCUUCGGCCCCGAAAACCCCGACGGCCCGAGCAGCGACGCGGACGAGGAGGAGGAAGAGCUGCAGCUCCAGAUCCCUUGACACGUGUGCGCGCACACACACACACACAAGCACUAAAAAAGAGAGACAACGGAGCGGUCGCACACACGACGUGAACGCUGUUGCUCAUGAGAAGAAAUGGGAGGCAACGCCAUCCUAACCAGCCAGCAAUACGUGCUCCAAAGUCAGACUGAAUCCGUAAGUAUUACUUUGAUAGCGGCUCUGCCCUCAGCGUUGUCAGGUUUAUCUACAAAAACGCUAAGAGCGGCUACUGUCAGCCGACCGAGGACGCAAACGCCGAACAACAAGCUGCUUUGUCAAAAUCUCCGCUGACUCCUCGAGAGAGCAGCGUGUGUCACUGUCACUCUCCAUCAUCCACUCAGACGCUGCAGCUUCCCUCCCUGAGCAAAAACUGCCACCACUUGUCAGUUCCAUCAGCAGUAUUAGUACUUUACCCACUGCUUAUGAGGCCUUUUAUGCCACUUCGGGGUUCUAAGUGUAUAUUUUAUAUAACAAGUCUUAGUAGGAUUUAAUGUAUUGUUAUUAUGUAAGUAUUCUUCAGUAUAUCCCAUGAUUCAGAGUCUGUCUCUGUUGUUUUGAUGAAUAGGUAAUGUUGGGAACACAUCCCAGAUGUGUGCUGCAUUCACCAGGAGAGAAUUUCCGAAAUACUCUGGUGAAAUAGGACCGUCGAGUCUGUAAAGCAAAGAUCUGCAACUGAUGCUGCCAGAUAGAAUGUUGAACAGGGAGAAUUCCUCAGAACGGAAACAAGCACAUCAAACUCUCUACUACUUGUCAUUCCUAGCUUUUCCCUGCACUUCCCUGGAGCGUUUGCCUUUAACUCUGUGGUCCGCAGGGAGUAGCCGGUUUGGAAAGCCAGUGUCCGUACGGAAAUGAAAAUGUAUAUUUUGUGAGCGUCAUCAGAGGGCCGAGACCAAAACCCAGGAAUCUUUUAGAGAAGUAACACAAAUAAGGGCAAACGAGCAAAAAUACGUUAAAUAAGACGGCAUCCUGAGUGACUGCUCAUUGUUUUUAAGUAGCUUUCUUAUCCGUAAAGGUUCUGACCCACCAGCAGCAAAGAGGGACUGGACCCGCCACAGAUGAAGCAAUGUUCCAGAUUUAGGCCUAAACUAAUUGCCGAUGGGAAUUUCCAAUUCUGUCAAUUGUGAUCCUGAAGUUGUGUUGACGGACAGACGGGUUCAAACUCGUAUUGUCUUCAUAACCUGUCAGAAAGAUGGAACAAAGCAGAGUUUAAAAGCUGAGACUGGCUUCAGCGUGUUUGUUUUUGGAGUCCCACGCACACGUCUGUAUGUAUAAGUCUGUUUGCGUACAAUCUUUACCUUUAGCUCAGCAUCACUGUACUCUUAGUGUGGGCAGACUCCAUCUAAAUUAACCUGAACAGCACAUGAUAACGGCAACAUUAUAGCACCGUGUCCUCCUGUGGUCAGAGACUGGCUAACAGCUGCGGUGGCACAUACAGGUCACUUCAGGACGGCCUUAUUGGCUCUACGUAGGACUGCGUCAGGCCCAGCAAUCUGGAACACUGUAAUCUUUGGCUCUCAGGGUACACUGUCGGGACAAUAUGUAGCAUGUCUGGUGUUUUCCAUUCGGAGGACGGCAGGCGUUGGAGUGGCCUCUUCGAUUAGUGGGAAAUAAAUAACUAAAUAACCAUAGACAGUAUAGCGUGUUCCGAGCAAGACCUGGACUUAGGGACAGUUAAGAGAGUGUGACAUUUACAUAGAGAUGGUGGAUAUGAGCUGAGGAGGAUUCGCACAUUAGGACGAACGGCACUGAAACCGGGUUCUGCUCCUUGGAGGGUUUCAGAAACAACCUGGACCAAAUCUGUCAAAUUACUUAUGGGUUCUUUAUUUUUUGUUGUCAAAUUCAGAAAGUUUUACGUACAUCUGGAUUUCUUUUAUACGCUCACUCUUCAGGAAACAGCCCUUUGUUCUACGUCCAUUCUAAGCCCUGAAGAGAUGUGGACCGUCCUCAGUCCAUCCAUCUAUCCAUCGGCCACACCGCUAAUUCCAAGCAGGGUGACGGUUCCUGCCAGUUCCCCAGUAGUGUUAGUUAUAUUUGAAAUAUUCAAAUGGCGUUCACAAUGUAGACCGGUCUUACAACGUGAGUCCAUGGACAGCAGAGCAGAAAAAAUUAGACGGGCAACGUUUCAGUAUUCGGCUUUUCUACAUUCCAAUAAUGCAUAUUAUACAGACCUUACUGCUACUUUAAUUAAGUCCCUGUCCCUUUAAUUUCCAUCCAACCAAAGAGGAAUAAUGUGUUGUGUUAAUGGGCAGAAAUAAACCACGCAGCAGCCAGCUCUGUGGCUUAUUAGCUCCCAUCAGGAGUCAUGUGUUCAGUGCCCCCUCUUUCCCGUGCUGGAGCCAUGAUGGACUCCGUUUGGAAUGUGUGACCCAGCUAAACACCUCUUCCGAGCCAUGUCAUCAGUCCGCCCCGCCACGACAUCAAAGCCUGUCUCGUUCGGGUGCCUCUGCCCACCGUCUGGGCCUAAAAAACGCCGUCCCGGAGCAGAAACGUGCUUCAACGGGAGCAAACGCCGAACUCCUGACCCCUCUCUAUGAGCAGGUUUGUUCACAUUGGAAAUUCUGGCUUUCAUUUUGAAUGUGUCACUCGCUAGAGACAAAUGUACAGGGUCCAGACGUGUUUACGUGUUUAUACCAGUCUGUUAUGUUGUCUAAUAUUUGACACGUUCUAGGGGGCAAAAAAAUAACUAAGGUUUUAUAUAUUGUUAAUUCCAAGGACCCAGUUUGCCUAUUCCCGUUAAAAAGCUGCCAAAUAACCUUUUCGAGAAUGAAACGCAAAGUUAGGAGCCGUCAGGUAACAUUCUGGAGUUUUAACGAGACUCCUUGAAAGUAGGAGGAUGUUUUGGGCUCCCUGGGUAUUAGCCUGCGACAGGCCUCCACCCUAACAGUUGACAGAUGCGACUGUAAACCCUCCAUUUUAUCGUGCAGUCACUCACAGCUGCUCUGCCUGGGCUAUAACUAUAUCGCUGGAAGGGGACCAACAAUUUUUUUUAACCGAUCAGGAUUCUGUGUCAUUACUAUUUAUGUCGUAGCUAUGGUGGAGUUUUUCUAAAUGAUCUGUAUCACAGUGGUUUUGUAAUGCUUUAUAAAUGUCAUCUGUACAUUAAAAAAAAAAGAACCAGGAGUCUUUUCUUUUUUCUUCAGACUGUACAGAUUCAUCUGGGUUUUUUAAGAAGGUUUUCUGAGUCUUCAAAGGAAACGUUUCUCAUGAAUCUUCCCUUAUUGGUGGAACUGC